AUGCCUGUUCAAGUUGCUACUGGUGACAAAUUUAGAGAUAACUGUAUCAGGUUACUUCAUAAAGCACUCGUCGAAGAUUCCCAAUGUAGCGAAGAGGAGGAUCAUCGUUUAGCUGAAGUAGCAAGACGUGUUGAGCAAUACAUGUAUCGUGACUGUAACUUUCAAGUGAAUAAAGAUUAUAAGGAUAACGCAAGAAGUAAGAUCUGGAAUUUGAAGGACUUGAAAAAUCCAGAAUUACGUGAAAAUGUCAUUAGCGGUAACAUUGGUGCAGAAGAAUUUGCAAAGAUGGAUUCUGAGGCGAUGGCUUCAAAAGAACGUAAGCGCCAGAAUAGUAUUAUUCGGAUGAACUCCCUUGCAAAUUCAAUCGCUAUCGUUGAUAUGAAACCAAUUCCAAUGGAUGAUUCCGAUCCUAGUGAACGAAAGAAUGCUCUUGGAAAUCGAGCCGGAAACAGAAUUUGA